CUCUGAUGGCCUCCCAGCUCCAGCCCGACAGGGGGAGGAAGAGAAAAGGCUGAUUGCGAUGGAUGAACAGCCAGAGGCAACACCGCCCCCCUCUCCUCCUCUCCUCCCCUCUCCCCCCUCUCUCUCCUCAUCCUCCUCCCCCCAUCCAUCCAUGCUUCCCUUUUCUCUCCGGUGGCGCUGAUGGAUGGUGCGUAAGGAGCGCAGGACGGCACCGGGACUCCCCCCUCUUGCAUGGAGACGGGCUGAGGAGGCACCAGGUCCGGCAGAGACCACCGGAGGAUGAGCGGCAUCAGACCAGGGACCCCGCUGCCGCUGUAGAAGCCGAGGAGAGCAGACGCUGAAAUCCACAGAGAGAAAGAGAGAGACAGAGGGAGACACAGAGAUCCUCCAUCAUCUGAAGGCGUCCUGCCUCUGAUCGGGGCGUGUCCAGGGGAACUGGGUGUAGCAGGCAUGCUCCAGAGUGUGAGCUCAUAGACUCAAGAGGAGCGUGGGGUGUGUUAAGUGUGUGCGUGUGUGUGUGUGGGUGUGUGUGUGUGCGUGCGUGUGUUUGUAGAUUUUCAGCCCUUGAGCAGCGAUGGGUUCGGUUGGAGCUGAACGCCGGAGGCCCACGCCGGCCCAGACGCCCGAGGAGAGGGAGGUGUGGAGGGAUGCAGGGAGAGCUGGAUGGAGGGAUGGAGGCAGAGAGGGGUGGAGGGAGGUGAGAGAGAGCGGUGUGGUGCAGAGCUACAGCUUCGACUCGUACCAGCUGGAGGAGGAGGAGAUCAGCAAAGACGCCCCAGACCGAGGAGUGCUGGCUCUCUCCGAGCCAGCCUUUGAGGAGCCGAUCCCUGACGACCGUUACCAUGGCAUCUACUUUGCGAUGCUAUUGGCUGGAGUGGGCUUCCUGCUGCCCUACAACAGUUUCAUCACCGAUGUAGACUACCUGCACCACAAGUUUGAAGGCACGUCCAUAGUGUUUGACAUGAGUCUGACGUACAUCCUGGUGGCUCUGGUGGCCGUCAUCCUCAACAACGUCUUGGUGGAGAGACUCAGCCUGCACACCAGAAUCACUGUGGGUUACGUCUUGGCGCUGGGGCCGCUGGUCUUUGUCAGCGUGUUUGACGUGUGGCUGGAGAAGUUCACCACCAGGCAGGCUUACAUCAUCAACCUCAUCUCAGUGGGGGUGGUGGCCUUUGGAUGCACAGUGCAGCAGUCCAGUUUCUAUGGUUACAUGGGGAUGCUGCCCAAGAGGUACACUCAGGGGGUGAUGACCGGAGAGAGCACGGCGGGCGUCAUCAUCUCCCUGUCCCGCAUCUUCACCAAGCUGCUCAUCACCGACGAGAGGAAGAACACGCUCAUCUUCUUCCUGGUGUCCAUCAGCAUGGAGAUGCUGUGCUUCCUGCUGCACCUGGUGGUCCGGCGCUCGCGCUUCGUCCGCUACUACACCGGCCACGCCCAGGGCCGAGGCCAGGCCAAAGGUCACGACCCCCGGGACAGCGGCACCGGGUACCGGGUGCACCACGACGUCACCUCAGAGGAAGUAAGAUUUGGGAAUGGUGGGACAGGAGCAGCGUCCCCUACGGAGGACGCCAUUGAGGACUUUGCAGGGGGGACGUACGUGCGCUUUGACGCACCAAAAGCCAAGAUAAAGAGGAGCUGGCCUGGUGUCCGAGACAUGAUCUUGCAUCGUUACGUGGUGGCCCGCGUGAUCUGGGCCUACAUGGUGUCCAUAGCCGUGACCUACAGCAUCACCCUGUGUCUGUUCCCCGGGCUGGAGUCCGAGAUCCGAAACCCCAUGCUGGGCGAAUGGCUGCCCAUCCUCAUCAUGGCCACCUUCAACAUGUCCGACUUUGUGGGCAAGAUCCUGGCGGCGCUGCCGUACGACUGGUCCGGAGGCCGCCUGCUCUUCUUCUCCUGCCUCAGGGUCAUCUUCAUCCCCUUGUUCGUCAUGUGUGUGUACCCGGCCGACGCCCCCACCCUGGCCCACCCCGCCUGGCCCUGCCUCUUCUCGCUCCUCAUGGGUGUCACCAACGGAUACUUUGGCUCCGUGCCCAUGAUCCAGGCUGCUGGCAAGGUGCCACCUGAACAGAGGGAGCUGGCAGGAAACACCAUGACCGUCUCCUAUAUGACAGGACUGAUGGUAGGCUCUGCUGUGGCGUACGCAACUUACAGCUUCACCGCCCCCGGGUCGGGAGCACGCCUCCCCACCCUGCACCUACACACACCUGCCAACGCUACAGGGUACUGAAUGUACAUACACACACACACACACACACGUAGACAUAAACACAUGUACAUACAAAUAUAUAUUAAUAUGCACACACCCAGUCGACAUCCAGCAAGGAGAAGCAUCAUAAACAACACCGAGCGACGGACCCCCAUCAGCAUAAACUGCUCAAACCACAGUUUACCCCACAGGACUGGAGGACACUCUACAGGGUCAAACCAGAGCGCGCUCAAAGGUGAAAAAAAAAAAAAAAAAAACGUUUACGUUGCUGAUCUGGUCCUU